AUGCCGGUGAUGAAAGGAUUAUUGGCGCCUCAGAACACCUUCCUGGACACCAUCGCCACUCGCUUUGAUGGAACACAUAGCAACUUCAUCCUGGCCAAUGCACAAGUGGCAAAGGGGUUUCCCAUAGUCUACUGUUCUGAUGGCUUCUGUGAGCUUGCCGGAUUUGCCCGAACCGAAGUCAUGCAGAAGAGUUGUAGCUGCAAGUUUUUAUUUGGGGUUGAGACCAAUGAGCAACUGAUGCUUCAAAUAGAAAAGUCACUGGAGGAAAAGACAGAAUUCAAAGGAGAAAUUAUGUUCUACAAGAAGAAUGGGUCUCCAUUCUGGUGCCUGCUGGAUAUAGUUCCUAUAAAGAAUGAGAAAGGAGAUGUGGUACUUUUUUUGGCUUCAUUCAAAGAUAUAACGGAUACAAAAGUGAAGAUUACUCCAGAAGAUAAAAAAGAAGACAAAACCAAAGGAAGGUCAAGAGCAGGGACCCACUUUGAUUCAGCCCGGAGACGGAGCCGAGCAGUCCUUUAUCACAUCUCUGGACACCUGCAAAGAAGAGAAAAGAACAAAUUGAAAAUAAAUAAUAAUGUUUUUGUAGAUAAACCAGCCUUUCCGGAAUAUAAAGUUUCUGAUGCAAAAAAGUCCAAAUUCAUCCUUUUGCAUUUUAGCACUUUUAAAGCUGGCUGGGACUGGCUUAUUUUGCUGGCAACGUUUUAUGUCGCCGUCACUGUCCCUUACAAUGUGUGUUUCAUUGGCAACGAUGACCUGUCCACAACUCGGAGCACCACGGUCAGCGACAUUGCAGUGGAGAUCCUUUUUAUUAUAGAUAUUAUUUUAAAUUUCCGAACAACCUAUGUCAGCAAGUCUGGCCAAGUUAUCUUUGAAGCAAGGUCAAUUUGCAUCCACUAUGUCACCACCUGGUUCAUCAUUGACUUAAUCGCUGCCCUGCCAUUUGAUCUCCUGUAUGCCUUCAAUGUCACAGUGGUGUCUCUGGUGCACCUCCUUAAGACUGUACGGCUGCUGCGCCUUCUGCGUCUCCUGCAGAAGCUGGACCGUUAUUCCCAGCACAGCACAAUCGUCCUGACCCUGCUCAUGUCCAUGUUCGCCCUUCUUGCACACUGGAUGGCGUGCAUCUGGUAUGUCAUUGGAAAAAUGGAAAGGGAAGACAACAGCCUUCUCAAGUGGGAAGUUGGUUGGCUCCACGAGUUGGGAAAGAGGUUGGAGUCUCCGUACUAUGGGAACAGCACUCUAGGUGGGCCCUCCAUCCGUAGUGCCUACAUUGCUGCCCUUUACUUCACCCUUAGCAGUCUCACCAGCGUUGGCUUUGGGAAUGUCUCCGCCAACACAGAUGCAGAGAAGAUCUUCUCUAUAUGCACCAUGCUCAUUGGCGCCUUGAUGCAUGCCUUGGUGUUUGGAAAUGUGACGGCAAUCAUACAGAGAAUGUACUCCCGCUGGUCGCUCUAUCACACCAGAACUAAGGAUCUGAAAGACUUCAUUCGUGUCCAUCACCUGCCCCAGCAGCUCAAACAGCGCAUGCUGGAGUAUUUUCAGACAACCUGGUCAGUCAACAAUGGAAUAGAUUCCAAUGAGCUGUUGAAAGACUUUCCUGAUGAACUCCGUUCUGACAUCACCAUGCACUUGAACAAGGAGAUCUUACAGUUGUCCCUAUUUGAAUGUGCCAGCCGGGGCUGCCUCCGCUCUCUGUCUCUGCACAUCAAGACCUCGUUCUGCGCUCCGGGAGAGUACCUGCUGCGUCAAGGGGAUGCUUUGCAGGCCAUCUACUUUGUCUGCUCCGGCUCCAUGGAGGUUCUGAAGGACAGCAUGGUGCUGGCUAUUCUUGGGAAAGGAGAUUUAAUUGGAGCAAAUCUAUCAAUUAAGGACCAAGUGAUCAAGACCAAUGCAGAUGUGAAGGCUUUAACCUACUGUGAUCUCCAAUGUAUCAUCCUCAAAGGACUCUUCGAAGUGUUAGACCUUUACCCAGAGUAUGCUCACAAAUUCGUGGAAGACAUUCAGCACGACCUCACAUAUAACCUUCGAGAAGGUCAUGAGAGUGAUGUGAUAUCAAGAUUAUCGAACAAAUCGACAGUCUCACAGUCAGAGCCCAAGGGAAAUGGAAGCAUCAACAAGAGACUACCAUCCAUUGUGGAAGAUGAAGAAGAAGAGGAAGGGGAGGAAGAGGAAACAGCCUCCCUCUCUCCCAUCUAUACAAGGAGAUCCUCCUCUUCGCGAAGCAAGAAGGUUGGAGGCAACAAAAGCUACCUAGGAAUAAGCUUAAAGCAGCUGGCCUCAGGGACAGUGCCAUUUCAUUCACCUAUCCGAGUCUCCAGUUCAAAUUCCCCACAAACCAAGCAUGAAAUCGAGCUCCCCAACCAUGGUAAAAAGAAAGAGAAGAACUUGAAAUUGCAACUUUCCACUUCGAAUAGUACUGGACCUCCAGAUCUCAGUCCAAGGAUCGUUGAUGGAAUUGAAGAUGGAAACAGCAGUGAAGAAAGUCAGACUUUUGACUUUACCUCUGAGAGAAUUAGACCAGAGCCAAGAAUUUCUCCUCCUCUCGGAGACCCAGAAAUUGGAGCUGCUGUUCUCUUCAUCAAAGCAGAGGAGACCAAACAGCAGAUAAACAAGCUCAACAGUGAGGUAACAACUUUGACACAGGAGGUGUCUCAAUUGGGUAGAGACAUGAGGAACGUGAUGCAACUUCUGGAAAAUGUCCUAUCACCUCAGCAAUCCACACAGCUCUGUGCCCUGCAUUCCACAUCUGUGUGUCCCUCCCGAGAGAGCUUACAGACCAGAAUGAGCUGGAGCACACACCAACCUUGCCUCCACUUGCAAACAGGCGGGGCUGCCUACACUCAAGCACAGCUUUGCCGGGGUAAUGUCACUUCCGACAUCUGGAAUGUGAAUCCUUCCUUUGUGGGGAGUAGCCCUCCACGAAUUGAACCUCAUGAGCCUAACCCUGCAGGGAGCGAACUUCUUCAUUCUCCAAACCUUGAUUAUUCACCUUCCCACUACCAGGUUGUCCAAGAAGGUCACUUGCAAUUUUUAAGGUGCAUCUCUCCCCAUUCAGAUACGACCCUGACACCUUUACAGUCCAUUUCAGCCACUCUCUCAUCCUCUCUCUGUUCCUCCUCUGAAACAUCAUUGCACCUGGUUCUCCCAAGCAGAUCAGAGGAGGGAAGCUUCAGUCAUGGACCUGUAACUUCUUUCAGUCUGGAAAACUUGCCUGGUUCUUGGGAUCAAGAAGGAAUGGCAUCGAUCUCUACCAAACCCUUGGAGAACUUUCCCCUGGAAGUUGUCACAAGCACAGCGGAAAUGACAGACAACCAAGCCAUAGAUGUGUGA